AUGCCAAGGAGUGCCAGGAAGCGUCCAAGCGACGCGGUCGAUGGUGCAGGCGGGGGCGAACAGCGUGGGUCUCGAGCCAAGCGGCCCGCGCUUGCAGGUCCGUCGCCUACGCUGCCGGCAACGACAAACAAUGUGGCAGACCCUGUGCCGGCUGGCACCCAAGAGCCUGACCGGCUCGACCUGACCCAGGAGGACGACGGACCGCUAAGGGAGCUUUACGGUUCCUAUGAUGGCAAAAUCGUCGGUAUUCGGUAUUAUUCGGGAUACGCAUCCCCCGGAGAGGCCGUCCUCUGCCACAGAGAGCCCCAGAAUCAGUACGACCCCAAUGCCAUUCGGGUUGACAACGUCAUGCAUUGCCAAAUCGGCCAUUUGCCCCGAAAAGUCGUCGAGAAACUUGCCCCGUACAUGGACUCUGGGGACAUAACUGUGGAGGCGGAACUGACUGGUGAAAAGGGCAUGUUUGACUGCCCUGUGCGCCUCGUCUUCUUUGGGCCCAGCGACCCAACCGAGCGUGAUCGGAUCGAAAAGGCACUCAAGGCAGACAAGCUCGUCAAGGCGACCCAGCUGAAGCACACUAGAAAGGAGGCCGAGGCCGUGAGGAUCGCAAUGGGAUUGAGGGCCGGCGGCGCGAACUAUGGCAUCGGCACCAAGGAGUCAAUCGCCGAUAAGAUGGAGACGACACUCGAGGAACUCAUGAAGAAGAGUGACGUCGCCGAGUUCCGCAAGGGAGGGGACGCCAUCAAGCCUUUCGCCAUCGACGAGGAGCACUUGUCCAACAUGCCCCUGGCCGACCAGCCAGCAGAACUAGCGUCGGCCCUUCUGCCGUAUCAACUUCAGGGCCUGGCGUGGAUGACCUCCAAAGAAAACCCCAAGCUCCCGGCCAAGAAGACGGAUAGACCUGUUCAGCUGUGGGCGCACAGUGCCCGAGGCAAGUAUUGGAACAUUGCGUCUGGAUUCGUCACCCAAUCCCCUCCCACGCUCUGCUCCGGCGGCAUUCUUGCCGAUGACAUGGGGCUGGGAAAGACCCUCCAGAUUAUAAGUUUGAUCCUGACAGGUGGCCCUGGAUCAACACUCAUUGUUGCCCCUGUCAGCGUCAUGAGCAACUGGAAGCAACAAAUCGAGAGACACGUCAAGUCCAACCAGGCACCGAGCGUCUUGGUCUACCACGGCGACAAGAAGCUGACAGCCGCAGAGCUCAUGCGAUACAAUGUCGUCAUCACGAGCUACGGGCGGCUUGCCAGGGAGCUCGACCCCAAGGUCCAACGGGCUCUCCUUGAUCAAUCCAUCACAUGGCGACGGGUCGUGCUAGACGAGGGUCACACCAUCCGAAAUGCCAGGACCAAGGUUGCCCUGGCGGCUUGCGAAAUCAAAGCAAAGUCACGUUGGGUCCUGAGCGGAACCCCCAUCAUAAAUUCCGUCAAAGACUUGCACUCGUUGGUCAAGUUUCUGCACCUCACAGGGGGGAUCGAGCAGGCCGAGAUCUUCAACACGAAUGUCACCCGGAAGCUGUCUGACGGCGACCGCAGCGGUGAGGCUGUUCUUCAAGCCCUUGUCCAGGACAUUUGUCUUCGGCGCAAGAAGGACAUGAAGUUUGUCGAUCUCAAACUCCCGGGUAAGAAGGAAUAUCUACAUCGAAUCUCGUUUCAUUCUUCAGAGAAGCAGAAAUACGACUCGUUGCUUUCCGAGGCCCGUGGAGCUCUGGCGGAGUUUCAAAACAAGUCCGAUCGUGGACAGAAGGGUCGGUUCCAGAAUGUCCUGGAGCGCCUGCUUCGACUUCGACAAGCAUGCAAUCACUGGACGCUGUGCAGGGAGCGAAUCGACGACCUGAUGAAGCUGCUCGAGGAUGAACAGGUCGUGGCCUUUAACGACAAGAACCGAGCGUUGCUGCAGGAAGCCCUUCGGCUUUUCCUCGAGAGCCAGGAAGAAUGUGCCAUUUGCUACGAGAACCCGGCCGGUCCAGUCAUCACAAACUGCAAGCACGUCUUCUGCCGCGCGUGCAUCACCAAAGCCAUCCAGUUUCAACAUAAAUGCCCCAUGUGCCGCAAUCCUCUGACGGACGAAUCUCUGCUCGAGCCGGCUCCAGAAGGUGCAUCCGAUGACAAUUUUGAUGCAGACACGCAGAGCUCAAAGACGGAAGCGUUGCUUCAGAUUGUCCAGGCCACCAUCAAGAAGCCAGCUUCCAAAGUAAUAAUAUUCUCGCAAUGGACGGCGUUCUUGAACAUUGUUCAGAACCAAUUGACAAAUGCGGGCAUCAAGUUUAGCAGAAUCGACGGAAGCAUGAAGACGGAGCAGCGCGAUCGAGCAAUCGAGGCGCUGGAUACUGACCCGGACACGCGCGUCAUGCUGGCCAGUUUGGCCGUCUGCAGUGUCGGUCUCAAUCUUGUAUCUGCGGACACGGUGAUUCUUUCCGACAGCUGGUGGGCACCGGCCAUUGAGGACCAGGCCAUCGACCGAGUCCACCGUUUGGGUCAGACGCGCGAGACGACGGUCUGGCGCCUCAUCAUGGAGAACACGGUCGAAGAGAGAGUCCUGGAUAUCCAGUCUGAGAAGCGUGAGCUUGUCGGCAAGGCGUUCCCGGAUAAGAAAAAGGCGGGCGGGAAGGCCAAGGACACGCGGGCCACGGAUGUCUUGAAGCUGCUGGCCUAG